UUCCCCACCCCCCUUUCGUUCACUAUAAGCCGAACUUAAUAAGUAAUAUAAAGCAAAAGAAACUUCAAAAAAAGCAAUUACAGUUAUUGGGAAUAGGCAUACUGUUCCUUUAUUGUCCCCAUCCCAUUCUUAUUCUGGCGUCUAUUUCUUUCCUUUCCAGUCCUGAUGAAGGGUCGACUGUUCAUUCAUUUCCACAGAUGCUGUCCGACUUGCUGAGUUCCUCCAGCAUUUUCUGUGGGUUGCUCAAGAUGUCCAGCAUUUACAGAGUCUCCUGUGUUUAUAUUGUUCAUUUAAGUGUUUUCCCCAGGGUUUAAACUAUUGGAAUAUUACUUACCUGCAAUGCUGAGUCACACUAAGACACCUUACACAAUAUCUAAAAGAUACUUGGAGAAUUGCGAAACUGUGUCGGUCAAGAGUAGGGAACAAUUCUCAUGACUAGAAAGGCCAAGGAAAUAAAAUCGUACGAUCUCCACUUCACGGAAGUGAAUUGUCAUCACUAUCAGCUAAUUAAAAAGAAAAGUUGAAAAUAAUGGCCAAUCCAGCCUGAAGGUAGGGUGUGCAUACAGCCGGCAGCGGUCAUUGAUUGCUUUCUUUUUUUGUUUUGGAAUGAGUUUUAUUUACACAUAUUUCCACAAUAAUCACGACUUCACUACUACUUGAUUGCUUUCGGGACAACUGGACAGCUGAUGGCAUCACAAUUACUUGAACGGCGAGACAGGGCAAAACGCAGUAAACUGCCCGACAAGCUGGCCUUUUAAAAAAAGAGGGGGCACUAGGGCGGAUGCACAGGGCGGGCUGAAAAUGAUUGAUUGACACACAAAUAAACGAAUAAGCAUUACGUCUGUCUGCCGACUCACCCAAUCGGCCUGGCCUAGAGACAGGGUUUGAUUGGAGAGAGGAAAGAAAUGGGCCCGUGCUGAAAAAAGACCGUGCGCAGAAAAAAACUUGCCGGGUGCAAAAGUUUUUUUCGUAACCAUCUGCGUAGUUACGGGCCGGGCGAAAGAAUGAGAGAGCUGUUUCCUGAUUCUCUGGAACUUUCGGUGUCGGUCUCCCGCUGUCCGGCUGUGUUUUGAAUCGUGGCCGUUACUCGCGGACGUUAAACGGUCCUUUGUUCUGCCCGGGGAGGGUGCCCUCUACAUCCACCUUGGUACCAGCCCUUUGAAUGAAGAUGGAUUGCGAGCCGAACCGGGCGCGCCUGAUGUGCAUGCUGUGGCUGACAUUCGGCUUCUUCGUGUUGGAGGUGGUGGUGAGCCGGCUGACCAACUCGCUGUCCAUGCUCUCCGACUCCUUCCACAUGCUGUCGGAUGUCAUCGCGCUGGUGGUCGCCCUCAUCGCUGUGCGCUUCGCUGCCAAGACCCAGUCGACGGCCAAGAACACGUUCGGCUGGAUCCGGGCCGAGGUGAUGGGCGCUCUGGUCAACGCUGUCUUCCUCACCGCCCUCUGCUUCACCAUCGUGUUGGAGGCCAUCGAGCGUUUCAGCGAGCCGCGUGAGAUUCAGAACGCGUUGAUGGUGAUCGGGGUGGGCACGGCCGGGCUCCUGGUCAACCUGCUGGGGCUCUGCAUGUUCCACGGCGGCGGGUCCAGCUCCGGGCCGGGCUCAGCCCACGGCCACUCACACACGCACGCCUCCGCCGCGGAGAACGGCCACUGGCUCCGCAGGAAGAAGAGGAGCGACACCGGGAACAGCGACAGCCUCCGCGAACAGGAGGUCAACGUGCUGGUGAACCGCGGCAGCGCCAUCAACGGCCUGAAUCCCGAGAAGCAGGACGUGUUGAGCACUCGCAGAAGCGGCGACCCCCGGCUUGUUAACGAUUUACUGAGGGAGAAUAAUAUGACAGGCCUGCAGAUGAAUGGGAUUUCUGUCCUUGAUGACCAUCAUGAUGAAUUUGUAGAAGAUUCUGCGUCACAGCUGAACAUGCGUGGUGUUUUUCUCCAUGUGUUGGGAGAUGCCCUGGGUUCAGUCAUAGUUGUUGUUAAUGCACUGAUAUUUUACUUUAUUUGGAACCCAUGUCCUGAAAAUGGUCCAUGCAUUAAUACAUGUCACAAUGAACAAUGUGCAAAUCGACUUCUAAAUGGCACACAGUCAAACAUCUCUGAAAAUCUCAAAGGCAUUCCAGAAGCUGGACCCUGCUGGGUGCUUUUCUUGGAUCCCACUUUGUGCUGUAUUAUGGUUUGUAUCUUGCUCUAUACAACCUAUCCACUCUUGAAGGAAUCUGCUCUUAUUCUGCUGCAGACGGUUCCUAAGCAAAUAGAUAUGGAGUUGAUAAACGAAAAACUGCGCAACCUGGAAGGUGUCCUUGCUGUACAUGAGUUGCACGUUUGGCAGUUAGCUGGUAGCAGAAUCAUUGCAACAGCUCACAUCAAAUGUCGUGAUCCGACUGCUUAUAUGGAUGUAGCUAAACGUAUUAAAGACUUCUUCCAUGAUGAAGGUAUCCAUGCUACAACCAUCCAACCAGAAUUUGCUUCAGUGAACUCUGAAUCACGUAUUUCUCUUUGUGAACUGCCGUGCAAGACUCAGUGUGCCUUAAAACAAUGCUGUGGCAAUGGAGAAAAGUCAUCUGGUGAUUUAAAGUUGGAAACUCCAUCUACCCAUUCUCUUGAGGUUAUUAGGGAAUCUCCUGAACACCCCAUUACAAGGACUGAAAAAAAUGAGAUGGGGAAUAAUGCAGUAAAAAGCAAAGAUACACAAUAUGAAUCAGCUGUGUAAACUUAGCCAUUCUAAUUUUGAAAAGUGAUGUACUUUACUGACUUCAAAUUUUGGGAUUGUCAACUGGAAUUGGCACUAAACUGAAAUAACUGUGGGUAAUGCAACUAUAUUGAACUUGUUCCACGGCUCUGAUUUGUUUAUCGCACAUUCCAAAGCAAAACUGUGGACCGUUGUCUAGAAACUACUUGAACUUGUUAUCACAGCUUUUUGAGAAGCAUUGUGGAUAGUCCAUCACUGACUGUGUCAGCAAAAAAUUGUAUUUAAUUAUUAAUAAAGCCAGUAGCAUUUUGGGAAAUUAAGAUGUUUUUAUAUAAGCAGUUUUGUAUAGGUUGAUGUAAAAACUUUGCAUCAAUUUACAAAAUCCACUGCUCUCACCAAAAGAGCUGCUGGUGUAUAAAACUGGGUUUGAUUUGGGUGGGUGGGAAGGUCAUAUUGUGGAAAUUCUCCAAAUGAAGCCAGAGUAUUAAACAUAAUAAUUAGUAUUAUGCAUGGGUAGUUUGUGUGCUACAAAAUAGUGACAUUUUCUCCUUGCAAACUCCAAGAAUGCAUUUACUGUAUUUCUUUAAAUUAUUAGAACACAAAUGUUUCCGAUACAGAAUGAUCUUUAUUAAUUCUUGUUUCUAUCCUGUUGAUUAUAGUUAAUAAUUGUAGGUAAUGUUUUUAAUGCUCUUAUGUAAUUUUAUCUCAUGGUACAAAUGCUUGUCUGGGAUGGUGUGCAAUUGCUUUCUUCUCGACCAGCAUCUUGUGCAAAUAUACAAAAAUAUAUGCAAAUAAAUGCUGUGGAUUUUCUUCAGAAAAAUGAAAACCAAACCUGUGAGUCAAACUUCUAAACUAGUGUGUUCAUCUGUGCUUUGCAAACAGUUUGGGGACUGUAACAUUGUUGAGCUUGGUGCCCUGUGGUCAACUUUUAGUUUCACUUUUGGAAUUGUUUCCUACCAGUGAUUCUGUUGAAUGGAACUUUGGACACAAUCCACUGUUAUGUUCCAUGCACAACUCUGCUUAGGUUGCUUAGUCCCCUUUUCGAAGGACUAAGUAGAGGAACUGCUAUUAAGUUUUGGUCAUACAGAUAUAUUUUUAUAAUAUCAAUUGCCAUCAGAAAUGGGUGUAAUGUCUGUAAAAGGGUUAUUUUCUACAUGAGAAUUCUACAUACAAGAGGAUCAUAUUUUGCCUUAAAAAUGAGGAAAAUAUAACAUUUGCUAGUAAAAAAAUCUCUUUAACUCUGCAGUUUUGUUAAUCUGGCAUUGAAAUUUCAGUGGUAGAUUUAAACCAACACAUUCAAGUGAGUCAGCCUAAAUAUGAAACGCAGUACAAAAAAACUGAAUUUUACUAUUUUUGUUUUCUGAAGAUUGCUCUGAAUUUUGAGAGCUAAUGACAACUCCUGUUGAGUUUAAUGUUGUAAAUGAUAUUCUAAUCCCAGCCAUUUUAAAUUGGUUUCAUUACUUUUGUAGUGGUUUCUUGAUCAUCCUUUUCUGUUUUUUUUUGUGUAAUGGUACAUUUGGAUUUUAAUACAAUGCCACCUACAGAAGUAACAUUUGUAAUGUGUAACUUAAGAGCUUUAGUCCACAUGAAAAUGUUCAAACUAAGGUUCUAAAAGCUAACUGCCAUGAAGCAGUGAGGCUAGAUUGAAGAGGUGUGUAAAUUUUCACUAGGUUUUCAGCAAAGCCAAAUGAGCAUACGCAUGUUUAAUACUAAUAAGAUUACAGCUGGGGGAAAAUACCUAUUGUUUGAAAUGUGUUGUGUCUAGGUUUAAUUACACCAGGACUGAAGUAAGGUACUGGUAAUUUACAAGUGCAUUACUGAUUUGUGACAGGGUGAGAGUUUUCAGAUGACAAGUGAAGUGUAUUCCUUGAAUACAAACUUUGGCUUGAAUUUUCUGCUAAUAUUUUGGAGGGGAGCAAUCCUAUUCAUUGUUUUUCAACCUAAGGGGGUGUUUGGGUUGGGGAAAUAUGUUCAGACUUGAGUUUUGAUUGUAUCUGUUUAGUACAAAUCUUUUGGUGGUAAUGAAUUAAAAAGUUGAUCCAAAAUCCUGAUGUGGAGGGAAGCAGCUAAAAAAAAUUUCAUAAGGUAUGUAACAUAUAGAAUACAAAGAACCAACUGCAUUCAAAUCUUCAAAUGGUUUACGGAGUUAUUUUGCAUUAUUAAAUGUAUUACCAUACUUUGUCCUUCAAUUUGUUUUGCUUUGUUCAUAUUCUGUGCAUAAUCUACAUAUUAUACAAUCAUCUUUAUGGAUGAGUUCAAACUAACAUGCAUCUCUGGAAAUUACUUUUGUUUCCUACCUGACCACUUACUUUGCUAUGACAAUAUUAAUUUUAUUCAUUGAUUACACAAUUGUUAUCUAGUUAUAAUGCUAGAUGGUUUGUAGUUACUAAACACAACCUGAUUAGGAAGCCAUUGCAGGUUCUGGUUUCAGAGGUAAUGUUCUUUUUGUUUGCUGAGUUAGAGUAUACUGGAUCUAAGCAACAUUAAUAUUUAUGGGGUAUUUGUGAAAGGGUUUAUAAGUGAGAGGGUUAAUUCACAUUCUUAGCAUUGCAUUUGAGGAAAACGAGAAUUCAAGGAACUUUUUUAGUUCUUGUUGAUAUUGAAAUCACUGAGACUUUGCACUAAACUGAGGGGGCCUGAGGAGUCAACUGUUUAUUCAUUUCCAUUGAUGCUGCCUGACCUGCUGAGUUCCACCUGCAUUUUGUGUGUGUGUGUAUUGGAUUUUCAGCAUCAGCAGAAUUUCUCGUUUCAUCUGAUUUUAACCAUUUUAAAUGUGUAUGAAGCUUCAUGUAAAAGUAAUAUUUAAAUAGGGACUUGUGGUAAGGUACAGCUGGAUUUAAAUGACAGCAGUGAAGUUUGCUGUCAAGUUGACAAAAAUAAUUAAUUUCUGAUCUUUAGAAGUGAGUCAAGUGCCAUUUCAGUUCUGAUUUGGUUUGUCACUGACAAAAGGGAUUAAUCAUGUGUGAUUACAUUUACUAGAUUUGCACUGAUUAUGGAAUUGAAUUGCCAAAAAUAUGCCCCACAAUUUUUAGAUUUGGAUACGUGAGUUGCUUUGAAGAAACUGACCAUGAGAACCAUAAUAAACAAUAAUCUUUCAAUCCACUCGUAACAUUGUGGUAAUCCUGUUUGUAAGCUGAUGGCUCUUGUGGUAGUCAAAGAUUGAUACUUGUAUCCCCAACAUAAUACUCAUAGUUACUUAAACUCCAAAAUACAUGCAAAGGCCAUAUACAUGGGGAAUUUCAUUAUUUGUCGAGACAAUGGCAUGUUUGUGUUCUUAUAACAAAUGAUCAAUUUAGCUAAAUUUUGAGCUGAAAUUAUUUAGAUAGACAGUUUAGAGUUGCUGUUGAAAUGCUAUGUGUUUGCAUAAAUCUUCUGGAACUCUGAAAAAUGAAUUUCCUCUAUGAACUGAAGUUUGGCUGAAAUUAAUUUCAAGAAGGGAUGCAUUAUGCCAGGUUGCUACUUUGUGUUGCAUGGUUUUGCAGCAGUUAACGUCACCGCUUCACAGCUCCAAGGACCCUGGUUUGAAAUUGAGCUGAUGUCUGUGCAGCUUUCAUGCCAUGUUUGAUCAAGGCAAGUUUCCUCAAGCAUCCUAAAGAUUUGCUGGCAAGAUAAUAGGCUACUAUGGAUUUAAUUCCUUGGUAAAAGGUAAUGUUAAAAAAAACUGAUUGAAGUUGACAGAUGUAUGUUAGAGAAUGUUGCAGGCAAACAGGAAUAAGACAACUAGGAUUGUUCACCUUGGAAUCAGAUUGUACCCAAGGGCCAAAUGACAUGGGGUUUGGAUUAAAAGAUAAGGGAAUGCUUUUUUCUCUGUUCUACAAUAAACUAUCAAUAAUACAAAAUUUCUCAUAAGUAUUAGAGUUAGUGUUCCACAGUCAAAUAUUACAAGCUUGAUCUUUUACAUUCCACGUGUCUUUAAUAUGAUAUCUGUGCUGUGAUUGCAGAGCUUGAUGCAUUUCAGGUAAGUAAAAUUGGGAAAUUUGGAAAAUGAAAUUGUAAAACGUGUGCAUGGACUAAUAAUAUAGGUGAACAUAAUCAUAUAUAAAAUAUUUUCAUCUGCAACUCUAUCUUUGUGCAAAUUUCACAUUACUUUAAACAAAAAUCACUGAGCACAAUUUGUGUUUGAAUAUUAAUAUAGUUUUAUCUCGAGCUGUUGCUAGCCUAAUUCUAACAGUGAUUCUGGUACAGUUCAAUGUACCUAUCUUGCCUGCAAUUACGACGUAUUCCUGAAAACUGGAGAAUUUUGCUGUUUUUAUCUGUUUUUGUAAUUUUUCAAAAUGAACUCCCAACUUCAUUAUAAACUUACCUCUUGUCAAAAACUGAUCUAUGUAAUUUUUUUUUGGAAAACUGCAGUUCAUGUUUACUGCCUUUUAAAAUUUUGGA